UAUAUCUGUGUCUGUAUUCUCUCUCUCUCUCUCCCUCUCCAACACAAACAUACUCCCUCUCUAUCAGAGGCUGAGGAAAAAAACAGUCAAAAGAUACUUGUAUUUUCUUCUCCUGAUUAUUCAGCAGACUGGCAAUAUGGAUUGAUUUUUGGUUAAGAGUUUCAUUUGUCUGAAUUGAUUUGGGAGAUGGGAAGUUUGAGCUAGGUUAUCAUAAUAUUGGAGGGGCUCCAGAGUGAAGCCUCUGUCAAGAGCUUCAUCAUUGCUGACAGGUAGAUAGCUCGAAAUUUUCAUAGGAAAGCUGAAAAAUGGAUAGGGCAAGUUUGGAUUUAAGAUUUAAUCACUCUGGAUCCUCCCAAUCAGAGGAAUCAGCUCUGGACAUGGAAAGGAACUUCUGCAGUCUUCCCAAUCUGCAUUCAUCAAGUCCACCACCACUACAAGCAUUUGCAUCGGGUGGGCAACUCUCCGAGAGCAACGCUGCCUACUUCUCAUGGCCUCCUUCCAGUCGGUUAAAUGAUUCUGCUGAAGAUAGGGCUAAUUACUUUGGAAACCUUCAGAAGGGUGUUUUGCCCGAAACGCUUGGCCAACUGCCCAAAGGGCAGCAAGCCACUACCUUGCUUGAAUUAAUGACUAUUAGAGCAUUUCAUAGCAAAAUCUUGCGUCGCUUUAGUCUUGGUACUGCAAUUGGGUUUAGGAUCAAGCGGGGAAUGCUGACAGAUGUACCAGCUAUUCUUGUCUUUGUUGCCAGGAAAGUUCAUAGGCAGUGGCUCAAUGAUACCCAGUGCUUGCCGACUGCCCUUGAGGGACCCGGUGGUGUAUGGUGCGCUGUAGAUGUUGUUGAAUUCUCUUACUAUGGCGCCCCUGCAGCAACCCCAAAGGAGCAACUGUAUACAGAACUUGUGGAUGGUCUGCGGGGUAGUGAUCCAUUCAUUGGUUCUGGUUCCCAGGUUGCUAGUCAAGAAACAUAUGGAACCCUAGGUGCUAUUGUGAAAAGCCGGACUGGGAACCGUCAGGUUGGUUUCCUUACCAACCGACAUGUAGCAGUUGACUUGGAUUAUCCAAGUCAGAAGAUGUUCCAUCCCCUGCCUCCAAGCCUUGGGCCUGGGGUGUAUUUGGGUGCUGUGGAAAGGGCAACAUCAUUCAUAACUGAUGUCCUUUGGUAUGGCAUCUUUGCCGGGACAAAUUCAGAAACAUUUGUUCGAGCAGAUGGAGCCUUUAUUCCUUUUGCAGAAGAAUUUGACAUGUCCUAUGUAACUACAUCUGUAAGAGGUAUUGGUGAGAUUGGUGAUGUCAAGACCAUUGACCUACAGUCACCCAUCAGUAGUCUCAUUGGCAGGCAAGUGGUAAAAGUUGGAAGAAGUUCUGGCUUGACUACUGGGACCAUAAUGGCCUAUGCACUGGAAUAUAAUGAUGAGAAAGGGAUUUGUUUCCUCACUGAUUUUCUUGUUGUUGGUGAGAACCAGCAGACUUUUGACCUUGAAGGUGACAGUGGAAGCCUCAUUCUCCUGGCAGGUGAAAAUGGGGAGAAACCACAGCCCGUGGGGAUCAUAUGGGGUGGGACAGCUAAUCGAGGUCGGUUGAAAUUAAAGGUUGGCCAGCCUCCUGAGAAUUGGACUAGUGGAGUUGACCUAGGACGCCUUCUUGACCUCCUUGAACUUGAUCUUGUUAAAUCCAGUGAAGGGCUCCAAGCUGCACUUCAAGAGCAAAGAAAUGCAUCAGGGACUGGAAUGGAUUCUACAGUUGGAGAGUCAUCGUCUCUCGAUCGAAUUCCUUCCAAGGAUAAUCUUGGUUUGAACAUGGAACAAGUUCCUGCAGAUGGGGAGUGUUGCCAGGAAAUUGUUCCACCAUUCAGGCCUGAUGAAUUUCACAUUGAAAGUGGAAGUGAAUCAGCCCCAAGUGUAGAGCUUGAAUUCAUUCCAAGGUUUGCUGGGACAUCUCCCAUGCAUCAGCACAGAAGUCAAGGAGAGAACACAGUUUUGAAGAACCUUUCUGUGCUCAAGAAUGGACCUGAUGAUGAGAUUUGCGUUUCUUUGCAGUUAGGUGAACCAGAACCAAAGAGAAGAAAGCAUUUGGAGGCCUCCUUGUGCAUUAAGAACCUGAAAUAAAGCCAGCAAUCUUAUUUUUUGCCUAUGAACUUUCCCUUUGAGAUUUAUCCCAUGGAUGGAUUUAAACUUUUUCACCAGUGGUGCAAACAGCAAACCUGCAUGCAUCCAAAGUUUUGAGCUCUGAGGAAAAAUUUGUCCCUCCUUGGAGAAACAAUAAGUAUUCUUUACCCCAUGUGUUUCUGAAGGUUACCGUGAUAGGCUACUGUACAAUAUAGAUAAGGAAAUGCUAGAAGGGAACUGAAAUAUUUUCAUACUGUUGUAUAUUACUUCGAUUAAACAACUGGGGACUGUAUCACAAGCACUUUUGGGGGGUAUUGUUGUACCCGACAGCUUGGGAAGUAGGUGAUAAUAUUCUUGUAACAUACGAAAUGUAAUUCUUCUAUCAGAAAUUAUCAGUGAAACAGCAGGCAUUUGAAGGAA